CGGACGGCCACAGCUGUUCCGUUAGUCACCGAAAAUGUUGUUAUUGAAUAAGCUGCCCAGGAUAGGACAACUGCUCACGAGUAAUCCCAAGGAUCAGAGAGGCAUCUGGGGCUAUGUGGCCGUCGCCUUUAACCAGGUGGACGCCGAACGGCUGGCAAAAGUGGGUCCGAACCGCCUGUGUGCCGAAUGGAUUGUGAAAAACGGAGGCGGCGUACGCUUUGUGGAGAAUCCCACAAAGCUUUGGAAGGAUUAUAACUCCUUGCCUGGGGAAAAUACUCAGUUUUGCCUUAAGGUAGUGGACGCCUCCAAUUCGUCAAUCAUGAAAAUAGGACUGGAGCAUUUGAAAGGCUGUAAGAACAUCGACACCGUCAUUUUCCACAAUUGCAAGCACUUGGAGAACGACGGUCUGGAGGGACUGCAUCAUAUUAGCAGCUCACUGGAGCGACUGCAGGUUUCCGGCUGCUACAACAUCACGGAUUCCGGCCUUGCCGCCAUCGGGGAGCUUGAAAACUUGCGGCAACUGGUCAUCUUCGACAUGAUAUUCGUCAAGAACAUGGAGGCAGUGGCCGCCAAUCUAAAGAGGCAGCUCCCGAACUGCGACAUCAAGGCCACCAAGCUCGGUGUUACGCUGAAGCCGAAGGAGUAAUUCCAAGUAUUACAGAAAUACAUAUAUAAUAUGUAUACCCUUUGGUAAAACACAGCUGUUGAUUUGUUGUUUCCGAUUUUGUAAAUAAAAACUUAUAAAGUG